GAGAGUGUGGUGCAAGCGCGACACGAUGUUCUAUCACGUGUCUCUAGAGCAUGAAAUUCUGCUCCACCCGAGGUACUUUGGUCCAAAUCUACUCAAUAUCGUCAAACAGAAGUUGUUCACAGAGGUAGAGGGAACCUGUACAGGAAAGUAUGGCUUUGUAAUAGCAGUGACCACCAUUGAUAACAUUGGUGCAGGUCUUAUUCAGCCAAGUCGUGGCUUUGUUGUUUAUCCCGUGAAAUACAAAGCCAUCGUGUUCAGACCUUUCAAAGGGGAAGUAUUGGAUGCAGUCGUCACUCAGGUCAAUAAGGUGGGAUUGUUUACAGAGAUCGGGCCAUUGUCCUGCUUCAUCUCUCGGCAUUCUAUUCCAGCAGACAUGGAAUUUGACCCAAAUUCCAAUCCACCCUGUUAUAAGACUAAGGAUGAGGAUGUAGUCAUACAACAAGAUGAUGAGAUCAGAAUUAAGAUUGUUGGUACACGGGUGGAUGCCAAAGACAUUUUUGCAAUAGGGACGUUGAUGGAUGAUUAUUUGGGGUUGGUGAGUUAGCCAGGACAGCAGUCUCCAGUAUAAUUCUACUUAUCAUCAACAUCAUCAGGUGACACUCUCAGAUUGACAUAUGUCACUUGUAACAUAAGUUACAUUUGGAAAAAAAAAAUCUCAGAUUGACACGUGUCAUUCAUUAUAUCACCAUCAUCAUCUGCCUGAUCUAUCAUUGACAUCCGUCAUUUUUAAUAUUCAUGUGUCACAGAAAGUGCUCAGGUUGAUAAAAGUCAUUCAUUACAUGUACAUCAGAGCAGUUUAUUUAGGAUUGACACAUUUCAAUCAGGUAAUGAUCUAGCUAUCAACAUCAAGGCAUUUGACACAUGUCAACCACCAAAAUACCUUCUGCAGAAGACUUAAUGAGAAUUGGCAUAUGUCGUUUUAAUUUCCCUGUGUCAAGGAAGGAUAGGAUCUGUUCAUGUAUAAAAUGGUGCAUCCUCAAAAAUAGAAGAGUAAACUACGAGUGACAUGUGUCAGUCAUCACCUCUUCUAAAUCAGAGGACUGGAUUUGGAGUGACAUAUGUCAACAAUCAAAUUGUCUAAAUUAGAGGAGUAAUAAGAGGUGACACAUGUUAAUCAUUACAAACUCUAAAUCAGAGUAGUUAAUUAGGAGCGACA